AACUUUAAGCAGCACCAAGGCUAUCCCGAAUACACUGCAGUUUGUCGUAUGAGGGAGGGACAUGAAACAACAGAUUUUAGACGGGCUUUCGUUGACUGGAAGAGCAGGCUAAAGAAAAACGGCAUCGCAGGAAAAUCAUACCCCUUUACUAACACAGAUAAAUCAUCACAUGGCAUGGAUGACAGCUCCCACGAUGACUUAUUUCAAACAGAAAAUGGAACAACUGAAAUUUGGAAAAUUAACGGAGAAACUUUAGAAGGUGUGCCUGAACAGCAGCGAGGAGAGUUUUAUAAUCAUCACUGCUACAUCAUUGUCAAGAGCGAAAACGUGCCAGACGAUCAGAUUGUAAUAUACUUUUGGGUGGGUAGUAAGACCAACUUCACAGAGCAGGAUCAAGCUAAGAAAAUAGCUCUUACUCUGAAUUCUCAUCUGGAACAUAAAGCAACCAUUAUUCGUGUGCUUGAUGGCAAGGAGCCAUAUAAUUUUUUCAAAGCAAUACAAGAGAGUAUAAUUGUGUAUGAUGAUUGUUUGGUAGAAAGGCACCAUGGCAACCUGCAAACUCUGUAUUAA